UUUUUUUCAAGUCUAGUCACUUGAAAAUUUUCAUUUCGUUUUACCCCUUCACACAUCUCCACUGGUCGUGGUACUUUCAUACUAGCUUGCCCUCGAUGUUAUCCGUCAAGGUCCAACCCAACCUUUGCACAUCGAAACAAGCUGCCAGGCUCUCUAGAGCUGUGGCUCCUUUGCUUCGAACCUCUGCACUUGGAUAUCCAGCUGGAAUCCGUAUCGGCAUUGUUGCCUCUAGUUCACGAGCCUUCUCUACGACCCCUACAAACCACUUCAGAGAUUUCUUUCCGAUCAAGGAGACGGAACACAUCCGUCAAACGCCGCCAGCAUGGCCGCAUCAUGGCUACACCGAAGAGGAAAUGCUUAGUGUCGUCCCUUCCCAUCGUCCGGCGAAGACAUGGGGCGACUGGGCUGCUUGGAAAUUCAUGCGUUCAUGCAGAUGGGGAAUGGAUUUCUUCACCGGCAUGAAGAAGAACCAGAAAGUUGACAAGGCAAACCCCACCACUGCCGUCGACACGAUUCAGCCUUUGACAGAAAGUCAAUGGCUGUUGCGAUUCCUCUUUCUCGAGUCCAUUGCCGGAGUUCCAGGCAUGGUUGCUGGAAUGUUGCGACAUCUACACAGUAUUCGACGACUCAAGAGAGAUAAUGGCUGGAUCGAGACCCUACUCGAAGAAAGCUACAACGAACGCAUGCAUCUUCUAACAUUUAUGAAGAUGUGCGAGCCAGGCUGGUUCAUGAAGAUGCUGCUUAUCGGUGCUCAGGGCGUCUACUUCAACGGUCUCUUCCUGACGUAUCUGAUAUCGCCCAAGAUCACACAUCGGUUCGUUGGUUACCUAGAAGAAGAAGCGGUCCACACGUAUACCAUGUGUAUCAAACAGAUAGAAGAAGGAUAUCUACCAAAGUGGACGGACCCGAAUUUCACAAUCCCCGACAUUGCGGUCCAAUACUGGCAUAUGCCCGAGGGAAAGCGCUCGAUGAAAGACCUCAUCUACUACAUCCGAGCCGACGAAGCUUGUCACAGAGGCGUCAACCACACUCUCAGCAACCUGAACCAGAAUGAAGACCCCAACCCCUUCGUCAGCCAGUAUAAGGAUGGCAAGGGUCCGCCUAGACCUGCCCUAAAAGCAAUGGGCUAUGAGCGGGAAGAAGUUAUGUAAAUCUGUGGGGGAGAGGUCCUGCAGAAUUUCGUAACUUCGUUGAAUUCAACACGGACAAUGGCACAAAAAGGGGCGUAGAAAUGGUUGAGCUUGCAUCGCAUUUGCAUUAUCAUGGGCUGAUUAGCCAUGUAGAGCUAGGUUGGGAUGGGAUGGCGUUCGGUUAUUACAUGCGGGAACCAGCCCCAGAUUGCGUUUGGGCGAUGAUAAGACAUCAGAAUACCCAUAUAGAAGGGGCCGGAGCAAGAAGCUUACAAUGGUGUUUCUCCGGUCCGGGACUCAACUCUUUAGAUUAACAGGAUCUCUACUUUUCUCUCUUCAUUACAUGUUACACUCCGUGCUGAUCUUGUG